AGUAAGCAUGCCGAAGAUUGCGAUUUGGUGAAGUUUCAGGCAAAUGUCGAGCAGGAGUUGAGGAUAUUGAGGCGCGUGCGGCAUCGUAAUGUUAUUGCACUUCGUGAUUUUUUUCGUAUUGAAGAAAAAGAAAAGUUGUACAUGGUAAUGGAGUAUUGUAUCGGAUCACUGCAGCAGCUACUGGAUGGUUCCAGGGAAAAGAAACUGCCUGAAUUUCAAGCACAGUAUUUUUUUCGACAGCUAGCCGAUGGUCUAAGUUACCUCCAUGCUCAUGGUACAAGCUUGCUUUGCUGAUC